AUGGCUGGCCUGGCCACCUUACUAAAUAUUCUUGAAAAGUUGAAACAUACAUAACCUCAAAGCUUUGUGUUGACACUUGACACUUGUCAGUUAAUGCAGUUAAUCAUCAGCUGACCGACAGUCAUGGACGUCAUGAGUGUGAAGAAUGUUAAAUAAAUGUAUUCAAUAUGUAAAUAGUACAGUGAAACAAUGUUAUUCCACAUUAUAUAAAGAAAAAAUUGCUUCUUUAACAAUCAAUUAUCAAUCUAUUCUCUUCAUAAUCAUGGAGGCGGAAGGCUCAGGAAAGCGAAACAUUAUUUUUCAUCCAAUUAUUUCAUCUAUACAAAAAAUUGCUCUAUAUGAAACAAAAUCCCGAUUUUAUUUGAUCGGAUCGAACAACAUGUUGACACGAUUUCGAGUACUCAAAAUUGAUCGAAUGGAGCCAAAAGAAUUAAUCGUCAUUGAUGAUAAAAUGGAGUAUACUCAAGAUGAAAUCAGAGACUUGGUGAAUAUGAUAGACAUGGGCAAUAGAAAUCGUGCAAGUCAACGAGGAAACACUGGUGGCGUUGCUCGAGUUGUUUCAGCCUUUGGAAUCGUUGAAGGCAAAAAUAACAAAGAAUCAAAACCCUCUGAGGAGGGUAUCAGCGAGGAGCCUAAGCUAGAAGAGCAACAACACAAACCAACACAAACUAGAUUCUCCUGGAAAGCUAUAUGGAACAAGGACACUUUUCCCAGAGUAGUGUCGGCUUUUGGCCUCGUUGGAUUUGUGCGUUUCUUGGAGGGCUAUUACAUUAUUUUGGUUACCAAACGUCGAAGAGUAACUGUAAUUGGACAUCACACGAUAUACAAGAUCGAGGAUACAUCUAUGAUUUACAUUCCUAAUGACACAAUUCGUGUUUUUCAUCCGGAUGAGCAACGAUACGUUAAGAUGUUUCAAAGUAUCGACCUCAGCAGCAAUUUUUACUUCAGUUAUUCGUAUGAUUUAACGCAUACUCUUCAAACUAACAUGGCACCACCGAAGCACAUAAAGUUCAACGUUCCAGACGAGAAAACGGAGAUUCAGAAAGACAAAGAUGAUUUGUAUGAUAGUUCAGAAGACUUUUACAACAUGUGGGCAUAUAGAAAAAGUUGGCAAAAGAAUGGGUAUGGAGAAAGAUGUAUUGAUUAUGGAGUUCGAAGCAAUCCCCAUCGACGUUUCGUUUGGAAUUCACAUUUGCUUUCUCCCAUCGAAAAAGAAUUGCACAGCGACUGGAUUUUGUAUGUGACACAUGGAUUUAUCGGUCAAUCGAAUGUCAGCGUAUUUGGUAGAUCGAUGUACAUAACAAUCAUUGCUAGAAGAAGCAAUAAGUACGCUGGAACACGAUUCUUGAAACGAGGUGCAAACUUUGAUGGGGACGUCGCUAAUGAAGUAGAAACGGAGCAAAUAGUUCACGAUUCAUGUGUAAGUUCCUUAAGUAACGGAAGAUUCAGUUCCUUUGUACAAAUGCGUGGAUCGGUUCCUGGCCACUGGAGUCAAGAUGUUAGUAAAAUGGUUCCAAAACCAACAAUCACUUGUGAUUUAUCAGAUCCUUACGCUGAAACUGCAGGUGCACAUUUUAAUCAACUGCUAAAGAGGUACGGAUCGCCGAUCAUUAUAUUGAAUCUUGUAAAGAAACGCGAAAAGAAAAAGCACGAAAGUACAUUGAGUGAAGAACUUAGUAAUGCAGUCAAGUAUCUCAAUCAGUUUCUGCCACCGGAACAUCAUGUGCAAUAUAUUAGCUUUGACAUGGCCAGAAAGAAUAAAGGGAAAGAGGCUAACGUGAUGGGUCGUCUGGCAAACAUAGCAAACAACGCAGUAUUAAAAACCGGGAUUUUUCAGUCACAAAAUCCAUUUUACAAUCAAAGAAACUUAUUCAGUAGCGCAAAUAAUCCAAAGAAAAUACACAAAACUGAUUCGAACUUGGCAUGUUCAUCCCUUGCGAACGAGUCGAAAAAUCCAGCGGAUUCGACAAAUAGACUUCAUUACAGCUGUAAUUUGGGUUACGAUCACUGGAGGGAUUCUAGCACUUCUACAGCUUCUGAUAACUCGGCUGAAUCAGCGAGUGUGAAAGAUAAAGUGAGAGAUUGCUUUUCUUGGGGUGGCACUCUGCAAACUGGAAUUAUUAGAACGAAUUGUGUAGACUGUUUGGAUCGAACAAAUACAGCACAAUUUGCGAUAGGAAAAUGUGCUCUUGGAUAUCAACUAUGUGCCUUAGGGAUAUUGGAAACUCCUAAACUGGAAUUUGAUUCCGAUUGUGUGCGUAUGCUGGAGGAACUGUAUGAAGAUCACGGCGAUACUUUAGCAUUACAAUACGGUGGGUCCCAAUUGGUCCACAGAAUAAAGACGUAUAGAAAAACUGCCCCCUGGACAAGUCAGGGUAACGAUAUCAUGCAAACUUUAAGCAGAUAUUAUAGUAAUACCUUUAGUGAUCAGGAAAAGCAACACACGAUCAACUUGUUUUUAGGACUAUUCGUUCCAGUAGAAGGAAAACCCCCAAUAUGGGAACUGGUAACAGAUUAUUAUCUUCACCAUAAAACUGCUUGUAAAUAUACACGAAAAACAAGAUUACUAACACAGUGGUGGGACAGCAACGUUUUGAAAUGUCUGCCUUAUGCUCUUCAAGAGAUGACGAAAACUUGUUCUGAAAUUAUUCAAGUUCAGCAUUCCCAGGAAGAGAUGAUCGACAUUUACUAUGAUUAUUAUCGGCCAUAUGAAUUGUCACAGCUUUUAGAAGUGUAUGCGUACAAAGUGAGCCAUUCCGUCCGAGAAUUCAUGCCUCACUUUACAAUGAAUUUCAGUCCUUUCGCAGUUCGCGUACGUCCUGGUAGGAGAAGAGAGGAAACUGGUAAUAAAAAUGUUAACAUGAAAAAUCCAUCUUUGACAGGUCAGAGUAGUACUAGCAGCACUGCUUCUAGCGCGAGUUCAAGCAUUGACACAAGUUCAGACGAAGACGAAAGUAAUCAGUUAUUUAGCGAUUCGUUGACUGCAUCAAAAAACAGCACAGAUUUGACUUCAUUCGAAACAUUAUUUCCAUCCAUGAAAGAAGUUUACGGUACACAACCAGAGUACCCAAAAAGAAACGAUAUUAUGUUGUACAAAAGAUACGUCGUAAUUGGAAGGAAUGCAACUCGCACUAUGGAUCAUUCGAUAAUUCGUUCGAAAUUGCUGCAACAGGCCUCUUUUCCCGAUCACAUUCCUGUUAAAACCGAAAUACCAAAAGUCACUGACACGAGCAUAUGUAUUUAUGAACAAUACAUCAAAAGAGCUAAGAUUCGCUAAACAGAAUGCAUUGAGAAGAAAAACAUUAAGAAAAUUGAAUGAAUUUAAAAAGAAUUCAGGAUAAAUUAACACGAACUUAACGUGAAUUCCAAAAAAUCUUUUCCAAUCUUUAAAAACCUACGAGCAUGACUUGGAAUCUUUUAAAAUAUCCUCAUUGCAUUGGAGCAAAGAUAUUAUAAACGUAAAUGCGGUGCGGGCUUAGUUGCCCGCCAUAAAUGUAGACGGCCGCUUUAAGCAGCUCUCGGUACACCGAUGGUAAACUUAGCUUGGAAAAGAACCAUUGAAAUUAAAAUUAAAUUGCCAAUUAAUACGUUUUUACAUUUCAUAACAAACGUAAAAUAUCCACGCUUUGUAAAACAUGGUUAUUUUA